AUCCCGGUCCGCGGUGGGUGGUGGUCAAGCGGUGACAAAAAUAAAAUAAACAUUUUUAAAAUUUUCACGUGUGGUAGUGAAAUGAAGUGGUUUGUUGUUGUGUUGGUGUGCCUCGUGGGAUAUGGAGAAGGUGGGGCAAUGAAAUAUAAACCUGGCGAACAAGAUUCAUCAUGCAUAGAACAUGAAAAAGAAUCACCAGUCCAGAUUGCACAAGUCAUAGAAUGUCAGACUGGAUCCCAAUGGGAGAGCAACUGUCAUUCUUGCGGAUGUUUCUUUGGUGUUGCCAAAUGCAAAAUUAUGGAGUCGUGUGAUAAAGAGUAUGCUGAACCAAUGAGAUGCAAGCCCAACACGGAUUUCGCUCACGAUUGUAAUUGGUGCACUUGCACGGACAAUGGAAUGUUACUGUGCACUUUGGCGGAAUGCAACAAAUUACCCAUACUAAAGGCAUCGGAAGGGAAGACGUGUGCACCAGGUAGUCACUGGAUGAAUCAAUGCAACAAUUGCAGCUGCAUUGACGGCAGGAGCUUCUGCAGUAAGAAGUAUUGUGGAGAGGACAAUGUGUAUCAAAAGACCUGCGCUCCUGAGUCACGCUGGACCGAUGGCUGCAACAACUGCUGGUGCACAUCUAACGGUGACCCUAUCUGCACUAGACGAACUUGCGUCAAUGAUGAUCUUGGAUUGAAUGUAGAUGCGAAAAAUGAAAAUGAACUAAGAAAAACUGAUUCAAGCUUGGUACUUCGAAACCCUUUUAUUAUUCAAAAACAUGGCAACGAUAAUCAACCGCCUAAAUACAAACAUACAAAAGAAACGUACACAGAAAUUGAAGAACACAAUCCUAUAUUCGAAGAAAAUUACGAUUUCGAAGAUCACUAUAUUGACGAUCAUGAUUUUAACCACCUAGAAGCUGCUGAACAAGAUGACGUGAAAUUGGAAGAAGAACAUAAUGUAUUGAAAAGAUCCGUUUGCAAGCCUUCUCAAGAGUUUCAGUCGGAAUGUAAUCAAUGUAAAUGCGCCGCAGAUGGACAGAGUUACACAUGUACUCAAAAUGAAUGCAUGGAUGGAGAUAAAAAUAAAGAAGUUGAAGUAUUUAUAGAAAACGAGGGUGUAGACCACAUUGAACAACAUUCAGUAUGCAAACCUCGUAGUACGUUUUACAUUGGAUGCAACACUUGCCAUUGCAACCCGUACGGCACUGAUUACUCUUGCACCAAUAAGCCUUGUCCGUUGCCUGAAGAUGUUGAGAUUUUCCAUGAGCUAAAGACUCAACUGGACAUGUUCUAUCAUACUUUUAUUUCCAACCCAUCUUUCAAGGCAACAAAGUCACCUACAAAUGUAACAAAAAAGAUCGUCUGUGUGGCAAACAGAAUGUUCAUUAAAGACUGCAAUACUUGUUGGUGUAACGAAGAUGGAACCAGUUUCUUCUGUACGAGGAAAGUUUGCGUUCCAGAAUUCCCAGAUGAGGAUGGGACUGGAGAAGUAAAACUUGAGGAGCUCCGCAUAAUAGAGCGUGAAUGUCGCCCGGAUGAAGUGUUUGAAUUGGAUUGCAACAUGUGUCGGUGUAACCCCGAUGGAAAGUCUUUUUCUUGCACACGUCGAGCCUGUAUAGAACCAGUUGACGAACUAGUGAAGAAGUCUACAUUGUCACGGAAGACCAGAAAUUCCAAGAACGAACAAGCCGGAUCAAAAAAGAACUGCCUCCCGAACCAAGAGUUUCGCAUGGACUGCAACAAAUGCCUCUGCGACCCGGCUGGGCUGGACUUCUCCUGCACCAGGAUCGACUGCUACCAACUCAACAAUAACAAUCAAGCUGAGACUAGAACUAGAAGAGAGGCAACAAGCCCAGAUCAGGAAUGUGUCCCAGGCACCAAGUUCAAGAUGGGUUGCAAUACGUGCCAAUGUUCCUUGGACGGCAAAGUCGCUAUGUGUUCUGUUGCCAACAGGAAUAGAAUUAAGAGAGAGACAGGACCGCCUCCGGCAGAUGACUCUAAAAACUCUCAGAGUGAACAACUUCCUGAGACAAGUAUAGGAGAAAAGAAAGAGCAGACAAGUGAGGUUAAAGUAGAAGCAAAAAGCGUCGUCACUACAUCGACCGAAUCAGAUCCAAAUUUCCGCUGCAACCCCGGAGAACAAUUCAAGCGUGGCUGUAACGAUUGUUCCUGUUCUGCCGACGGGAAGAGUUUCUUUUGCACCGUCCGCUUCUGCGACCAGGACAUCACACCACCCACAUCACGCUAACAGACCAAGAAUGGCGAAACUAUCUUUAACAUCAAUCUUUUCAUCUGUUUUGUUAACUUUUCAAUUUAGUAUCCAUAGUACAAAGUUUAGUUUCGCCUAUUAUUUGUACUUUGUGAGCUAUGACAAAAAUGACAACUUAUUAGAUUGAAGAUAAUUAAUCUCCAUUAUAAAUACUUGAACGUAAAUGAAUGAAUAUCUUUUUCAAUGAAAAAUUCUGCUUAAUGUUAAUAUCUAAUUCACUUAUUUUUAGUAAAGCAGUUUCAAGAACGAUUCAAUUAAUGUCAUACAUGUAGAUAUUUCCAUUUAAGUUUUUAACGUGGAUGGAUUAUGGGGUUUUUACAUUUUUUUUGUAUUUUUUAUGUGUAUGUCUUGUUUCUUUCGUUCAUCAUCUAAUUUGUGAUCAACGUUAGUUUAGUAUUAUUACUUUUUAUUGAUUUCUAUGGUGUUUGAAACAAUAUGUAAUAUAUAUAAGUAACUAACAUUCCUUGCUCCAUUCAAAAAUAGAUAGAACAAAGUUUUAUAAAAAUUUGAAUAGUUGGUUUAUCCUAACGUAUUUCUUUUAGUACUGUAAUCUUAUUGUAUGGAUUUUAUUGUUAUAUUCAUUGACCUGUGGUAGGUCAAUGGUUGUAUUGCAAACUUUGUAAUUUCACAAUCACUUGCAAGUCACGAUUUAUAAGCCGAAUUACAUUUUAUGUUCCUUUUAUGUAAAAUUUAGUUUAUUUUGCCUUUUAUAAUUAUUGUAACUAAUUGUCUAUAUGAGAUCGUAGUAUAGUGCUUUUAAGAUUGCAGUAAUUAUGUGCUUAAGUAUUUCUUUAUUUGUGACACAUUUACUUAUCAAAAAGUACAAUCGUCAAAUUAUCAAAUAUUAUAAUAGUAUUAAAACUUUUAUUUGCUAAACCAUAACCUUUUUAUGUUUUAUGUUUAUACGCAGUUAUUUAAUUCAUUUCACUAUGUAUAUAUUUACAUAAACAUAUACUUACCAUAAGAGAUUCGAUACGAUCAUGUGCAUUUUAGUACAAAGAGUUUGGAUGUGCUUUUGACAAUGUAAGUUAGACAAAUAUCAGAAUAUUAUCUGCUUUUAUAGCUAGUGUUUAGAAAAUAAAUUGUUGGGAUUAAGUUAAUAAUUUGAGAAAGACGUAGUUAUGAUUUUAAAAUAAGGUACUAUGUUUUAGUCUAUAACAAUCGAUUCCCCCAAGGAGAUACUCUAGGUCCUAAAUUGUUUUUACUCUAUUUUGUAAGCAUUGGAAUGGUUGUUUUCAUAUUGUAAUACUUUUCGCGUUAGUGUAUAAGAAUGCUCGGCUAAGUUGUGAUUGUGUGUCUAAUUCAAUUCUUUUUCAUGAUAUUGGUUUUGCUUCUUAUCGUGCUAUUUUAAUAAAAUCGUUAGGCUUUUACCGUAAUUUUUUUCACUAUGUAGAUACUGUUUUUAUAAAUUAACUGUCGUUUAUAGUUUCGGAGUCUAUAGGAAUACUAGCGAAUUGUUCUCAAAACAAAUAAAAUAUUUUUAUCGGUGCCAUCGGAUGCGGCUCUAAAAAGUGAACGAUAUUGUUUUAAUUAAUAUCUAACUGUAGUUCUGACGCUAACAUGGUGUG